CUUUUUUAACUUCAGGCCUAUUGUUAUUAGUCCACUAGCAACACCAUAUCUUUCUUUCACUUUGUUAACCAUUUGUGCGUCAAAUUGUUAAAAUAUAUUUUCGUAAAAAUGGGCAAGGUUAAGUGCUCAGAGCUGCGAACAAAAGAUAAAAAGGAGCUUUUUAAGCAACUAGAUGAGCUCAAGACAGAACUCACCAAUCUUCGUGUUGCUAAAGUUACUGGAGGUGUGGCCUCAAAGUUAUCAAAAAUCCGAGUUGUGCGAAAAGCUAUUGCACGAGUAUACAUUGUAUACCAUCAGAAAAUGAAGGUGAAUCUUCGCCAGCACUAUAAGAAUAAGAAGUACAAGCCUCUAGACUUGAGGCCCAAAAAGACGCGUGCAAUGCGCAAAGCUCUCACUAAACACGAAGCAAAAAUCAAAACCAGGAAAGAGAUAAGAAAGAAGUCACUAUUUCCUCCAAGGGUCUAUGCUGUUAAGGCUUAAAUAAAUUUUUAAUAAUUU